UAUUUCCUCAACAAACACCAACUUCCGAUUCUCCUCCAAUAUGGCGUCAGAAAAGCCUUCCGUUUUCAGUGAUGCACAGUGAUGUAUUCCAGACAGUACUUGGGGAUACCAGCACAAUGAUUACAGCGAAAUGGAUGACGACCCGAGGAAUAAGAAAAAAGUGAAGGAAGGGUUUCCAAAGCCUUUUUUUAGCCCCAAGUCCCGGAACGACAAUCAUUCUUCUCGAAAUUCUCGACACGAAGCAACACCCCUUGCAAUGUAUGAGAAACGGCAGCGCGUGCUGAACAACUUUGAGCUCCAACCGCCAGAGUAUCUGAUCAACUCACAGUACCUCAUAGAAGAACAUGUGGAGAAAGCAGUCAGGUAUGCUGGAGAAAUUGACGGUGUUUCACCUCAUAUUGACAUAACCAACCGAACUGAUGUUUUGAGGAUCAUUGACAAGGGAAAAAAACAAGAAGUUAUACCUGCCCAGGUGUCCCCUGAAAACAAUGCCGUCCUGAGCCUCAGUGUCUUCAACAUCAAGAUCAGCAAGUAUAAUGCCUCAGAGGAUCUGUUGCUGAGAAUCCCCAUGCAUGAAAUUGCUGCCAUUUGUUACAUCAAAGAUGACCAGCAGCACACCCUGGCCAUUAAAUUUGGUACCCCGGAGUCUUGCAAACUUGCCGUUCUGUACUGUGAGAGUAAGACGGCUGCAGAAGAGAUCUGUGCACUUGUUGGCCAGUGCUUUCACCUGGUCUACAUGGAGGCCACAGUGGACCUUCUGGAGAGACAAAUCCGACCCCUGGAACUGGGGGGAGGGGGCAGCACACCCACGGGCACUGUUUCUACAAUCGUGAAUAACACAAGACAAGCCAACAAGCAUUCUUUUGAAACAGAGUCACGGUUUUCACGUGUGCCGAGUGAUUCCGGCAGUAAUCGUAACAGCGACAGUGUCACUGGAGAUGAGCUGUUGAAAGACUACAUGACAAAGUUAACCACCAAGCUGAAUGCGGAGGAACUGCGUAAGUUUGCUCAGCACCUGCAGGAGGACUGGCAGCGGGACAACCGGUUUGACGAGUUCUGUGAUAAGGUCCUCGUCCUCCUCGGGCCGGACAGGAAACAGCUUUUAUCAGAAAUGCUGCCAUUCAUUCCAGUAGACAACUAUCAACAUUUUGAAGAAUUUCUUCGGAGAAAUGACAUCUUACUUUUAGAAAAUUCAAGCACUUUGUCAAGUUCGCGGACGAAUUUACGAAGUUAUCCGACGCGGCGCUCGCUGGGAGAGGUGUCCACCACCAGCAGCGUGAGCAACAACGCCACCAGCGGGGAGGCCCUGGACCACCUGCUCGACCUGGCCAACGCCCAGUACAACAGCGUGGACGUGGAUAUUGACCCCACCCACGACGUGCCCAGCGAAGAUUACUGAGUGAUUCUGAUUUAUGUGUUUUAUUUUAUACCCUACCACCAGUGUUUUACGUGGCAGGAGUUGUGAAUAUAGUCACCACGGUCAUGGCCUUACUGACAAAGUCUUUUUUUUUUUUUUACUUGUGAGAAAACUUAAGGAAGACGGUGCUUACGAAAGUCAACCUUUUGACUUGAGCAGAAGUGAAAGUAUCUUGUGUAACUGGACUUUGAGGACUGAAGACAAGACCGUGCUGUACUGAGGAUAUGGAGUAAGGCACAGGCAUUUUUGCCAAACCAGUGACUGGAAGUCUGGGGAAAAAAAUGACCUGGGCAGUUGUGUAAUAACCUUGACAAAACGUUACCUUAGGAUUACAAAGUUCUGUCUGCUCAGUGAAUAGUUUUGAGAAAUUUGACAUAAAAUACUUUGAAUUUUACAACAUGUGAACUUUUUCAAAUGCAAUUCUUUGAAUAUCUUGAUAACUCUGAAUAGUCAUACGAUUUUGAUGGAAUAGGUAGAACAUUUGUGUCACGACACAGUGGAAUCCGGCUCUCCUCAAUUUUUGGGCAUGUGACGUUAUUGGUAACUUACUGUCAAUGAAAAAAAGUACUCAUCUAUCUUGAAUAGAAGUCGAGAUGCUUGCGAU